AAUAUAACUUUAUUCUGUUAGGAAUCAAUAAUUAAUCUAACUUAUAAAUUACGAAAUUUCUCACAUCAUAUCAUAAUUAUUACUAUCGCGAUUAUAUAUUCACUCGGUCCCUGUGAUUAUUUUCAAGUGGUUAACCUAAAAUAAAAGUGUUUUUAACCUUAAAAAUGAUGUAAAUAUUAUGCAAAUACUGAGAAACCCUAAGUAUGACUGCAAUAUUUAAAGCGAACUUACGAUUAUGCGGCAAUAUUAACAGGUAUCACUGUAAUUUGAUCCUAAAGAAAUAUGUUAACCUGACAGCACCAGUGUACAGCUCUGUGAAUGCUGAAGAUUUAGCUAAAACUUUACCCGACAAGCCAAGUAUAGUUCCACAAUGGAGACCCACACCAUCAACGGACCGUACAAACUUAAUCAAUCAUUAUCUGAAGCUGUCCAAGAUCAGACUUACAACUUUGGUGGUUGUCACUUCAAUGGCUGGUUAUGCUGUCGCACCAGCUCCAUUCGAGUGGGGACCUUUCAUGCUUUGCAUUGCAGGCACAGGUCUGAUGUCAGGUGCUGCAAAUGCUAUAAAUCAGUUCCAUGAAGUUCCUUUCGAUGCUCAAAUGUCCAGGACUAAGUCCAGAGUAUUAGUUUGUGGAAGAUUAACUCCUUUGCAUUCAAUGCUCUUUGCCGCAGCAGCUAGCGCCUCAGGAAUCGGUAUUUUAUAUUACGGAGUGAACGGAUUAACUGCGUCUCUUGGUUUAGCUAAUUUGAUCCUUUAUACUGCGAUUUACACGCCGAUGAAGAGAAUGAGUAUUUUGAACACCUGGGUUGGUUCUAUUGUUGGUGCUAUUCCUCCGUUGAUGGGUUGGGCCGCUUGCGCCGACAGUUUAGGACCCGGCGCUUGGUUGAUGGCAGCUUUGUUAUACAGUUGGCAAUUUCCCCAUUUCAACGCGCUUUCUUGGAACUUGAGACCCGAUUAUUCGAGAGCUGGGUACCGUAUGAUGGCUGUAACGGAUCCAGCGCUCUGUCGAAGAGUUGCUCUUAGGCAUACAGUCGCGAUUUUAGGUUUAUCUGCGAUUGCUCCGAUGCUGGAUGUUACGAAUUGGUGGUUCUUAUUGGAGACGGCGCCCCUAAACUCAUAUUUUAUUUAUUUAGCUUAUAAAUUCUACAAGGAUUCAUCGAGCGCUUCGAGUAGGAAACUGUUUAGGUAUUCGCUAAUUCAUUUGCCGCUGUUGAUGAUUCUGUUUCUGGUCAAUAAAAAGAAGUGGUUUGCGUUUGAUAAGAGUGAAGAGGAGAGUAGCGAAGCUGUAGAUGAGCAUCAGAUUGAGCAGAAUGCUGCAGAGCAGAGUAUAAGAUAA